UACAAACCCCUCCUGCAACUCCAUUUCCUGAAAAUAAAUCUUUCUUCGGUGGUAAUAAUUCCUCUCCAAAUCGUAUUUUUCAAAUAUUAGAUAGGAAUUCAAGGAGUUUAAUUUUCUCUUGGCCUGAUCCAAGUUUUGUUCCUGGUUUUGAUUUAUCUUAUGAUAAGGAUGAAUUUUCUAGAUUAUUACAAAAUUCUUCUAUAAAUCCUAAUAAUUUUAUUAAUGGAAAAGAUAGAAUUGAUGUUCAUUCGCCAAAUUGUUUGAGAUUAAUUUCUAAGAAACAUACAAUAAUCUCUUCUGGAAAAUCUCAACAUGUUGAAAGUGUUAUGAUUCCUUAUGGUAUCAUCAUUUUCGCUUGUUUUCAACUUUUACCUUCGACUUCUUCAACUAUUUCUUUCGCUUCUCCUCCUUUCAAACCUCAAAAAUCUCUAUCUGCUCCUUGCUCUCCACCUACCAUAAAUGAAAUUUCGGAUUUUGUUGAUCCACCUUCUUCAAAACGAAUUCGUCCAAAUAAUAUCUCUCCUAUACCUCAUCCUUUAGUGAAUCUCGUUUCUCCUCAUAAUUCUCCUCCUGUUUAUCAAAAUCAAUAUUCAUUCCCAUCAAUGUCUCAUUCACAAAAUGAUCAAAAAUUACCAACUAUAUCACAUCAACAAAUAUAUUUUACUCAUCAUAAUCAACAACAUAAUCAACUAAACAAUACGACUAUUAACGGUACAAAAAAAUGUGAAAGUUGUCAUACGAGUUCUAGUCCAGAAUGGAGACGUGGUCCAACUGGUCAUAAAAC